AGUCCUUACACUGUAUCUGUCAUUUCUACUGCAACUAUUUACGUGCCUAAAAUCGCAAGUUUAUUCUCGCUUCCAACAGAGGAAAGAACUUAGAAUCAAAGAUGGAUAAGAUAGAGCACAAGAAUGUAAGUGUGAAUGGCAUAAACAUGCACAUAGCAGAGCUUGGUGAAGGCCCUUUAGUUCUCUUUCUUCAUGGUUUCCCAGAGCUCUGGUAUUCAUGGCGCCACCAGAUCCUCUUCCUGGCUUCUCAUGGCUAUCGGGCCGUGGCUCCUGACCUCCGCGGCUAUGAUGAUACCACAGGUGCACCUGUUAACGACAGCUCAAAAUUUAGCCCUCUUCAUAUAGUUGGAGACCUCAUAGCUCUCACCCAAGCUAUUGCACCUGAUCAAGAGAAGGUUUUUGUAGUUGGUCAUGACUGGGGUGCGUUUAUUGCUUGGCAUCUAUGCUUGUUUAGGCCUGAUAAAGUCAGGGCUUUGGUCAAUUUGAGUGUCGCCUUUUUCCCCAGGAAUCCAUCUUGCAGUUUGGUUGAGAGCUUAAGGAGUGCAUACGGGGAUGAUUACUACGUGUGCAGAUUCCAGAAACCAGGUGAAAUAGAGGCUGAAUUUGCUCAGAUUGGUGUUAAGAAUUUCAUAAAAAAGAUGCUCACAUACCGCACUCCUGGUCCUCUGUUCUUCCCCCAGGGUAAAGGCUUUGGCGAUUCACCAGAUGCUCCAGUUGUCUUGCCAUCCUGGUUAACUGAUGAGGAUGUCGAUUAUUUUGUCAGUAAAUUUGAGAAGACAGGCUUCACCGGGGCAGUUAACUACUAUCGUGCUCUGAAUAACGUAACCUGGGAACUUACUGCACCCUGGACUGGGGCUCAAGUAAAAGUUCCAACCAAGUUUGUUAUUGGGGAGCUAGAUUUGACCUACCAUAUGCCAGGAGUUCAAGAAUAUAUACACAAGGGUGGCUUCAAGAGAGAUGUGCCUUUGUUGGAGAAAGUUGUUGUAGUGAAAGAUGCAGCUCACUUUAUCAACCAAGAAAGGCCUGAUGAGGUUAGCAAACACAUCCAUGACUUUAUUAAGCAGUACUGAACCUGUUUUCUGUGGUCUCUUGGACAGUAUCAUGAGCCAGGAGAUGCCAUUGGCAGCCAACAUCCAGGAUCUUGUUUAUCUGAUGAAUGAAGCACUCUCUCUCUCUCUCUC